CAAUUUGAAGUGCUGUACUGAAUAAAAGAUUGAAAGAUUGCGGGUAAAAGACGCCGAACACCAAGUAGUUGAUUGUCAAAAUAUUCAAUUGGUCUUUUUCAGGAAUCCAGAUUAAUUGGGCUUCAAACCGGCUACUAGACUCCGAGUGAAAUGGGAAACCCAAAAAAUGAAAUUAUUUUAAAAAUGGACGGACAUAUGUCAAUUUCUUUGAAAUAUUAAAAAAGAAAAUAUUGUUAAACAAAUUUGCACACAGAGAGUAAUAACUUUCCAUGAAACUUGGACACAGUUCAGGCUAUGCCUUUGGUAGUUGAUGAAGACGUUGAUUCUGAGAUGCCUUUUUUGGAGGCAAAUUAUGCUUCUUCUUCUUCCUCCUCCCCAUCUUCUACAACUGCCCUCAAAAGAACAGGAAAUGAAUGGACAGCUUUGGCACAUAUAGUAACAGCAGUAAUUGGUUCUGGGGUUCUAUCAUUAGCAUGGAGUAUGGCACAACUAGGUUGGAUUGCAGGUCCAUUGGCCAUGCUCUCUUUUGCAUGUGUCACUCUUACUUCUGCUUUUCUUCUCUGCAACUGUUAUCUAUCUCCUCAUCCAGAUACUGGCCCUGAUCAUAGAAAUGCCUCUUACCUUGAUGCUGUUCUCAAUAUUUUAGGAGAAAGAAAUGCGUGGUUUUGUGGAAUCAUUGUUCGUAUAAAUUUCAUCAAGGUUGCAAUUGUUUAUACAAUUACGUCCACUAUCAGCAUUCGAGCAAUCCAGAAAUCAAACUGCUAUCAUGAUCAAGGGCAUGAGGCUACCUGUCGAUAUGGAAGUACAAGAUAUAUGGUUAUAUUUGGACUAAUCCAAGUUAUAGUGUCUCAAAUUCCUGAUUUUCAGAAUAUGAAGUGGCUCUCCAUAGUUGCUGCAGUCAUGUCAUUCACAUAUUCAAUUAUCGGAUCAGCACUUGGCUUAGCCAAAGUAAUAGAAAAUGGAGAAAUCAAAGGUAGCAUUACAGGACUGACAAGUUCUACUGCUGCUGAAAAACUAUGGUUGGUUGCUCAAGCACUUGGGGACAUUGCCUUUGCCUUUCCAUUCUCUCUUAUAUUUCUGGAGAUACAGGACACAUUAAAGGCGCCUCCUCCAGAAAAGAUCACUAUGAAGAAGGUAUCAAUAAUGGCAGUCUGUAUUACGAUGUUUUUCAACCUUUGCUGUGGGGGAUUUGGUUAUGCAGCUUUUGGUAAUUCCACACCGGGAAACCUCUUGACAGGAUUCGGU